AGCCUCUGUACAACUAUCUACACAACACCACCAUCGCACCUCACAGCUCCAAAAUAUGGCAGCAGAACAAAGGAAGCUGCUUGGUAUGUGUAUAUGCUUUUUCCUGUAAACCUUUCCACCCUUUCACUUUGAGACUCGUCGUGGCGCAUCUUUUCCCAUCUUUCAUGGUCAACAUCUAACAAUUCCAUAGAGCAGUUGAUGGGCGCUGGAGCCUCUUCACGCGCCGCCCAACUCUCAAUUACGGAUCCAAAAGUAUGCCGCUCCUUCCUCGCAGGAACAUGUCCUCACGAUCUCUUCACAAACACCAAACAAGACCUGGGACCAUGUUCAAAGGUUCACUCCGAGCCCCUCAAAACAGAAUAUGAAGCUGCGUCCCCAGCCGAAAAACAAAAAUGGGGAUUCGAAUACGACUACAUGCGCGAUCUCCAGAAGUACAUUGAUGAAUGCAAUCGCCGAAUUGACGUGGCUCAACGAAGGCUGGAAAAGACCCCAGAUGAAAUCCGGCAGACAAAUGCGCUACUGAAGCAGAUUUCCGAUCUAUCUAAGAGUAUCGAGACGGGAUUGUUGGAGAUUCAGAUUUUGGGCGAGCAGUCGGAAGUUUCAAGGGCGUAUGAGGAGUUUUUUAGGAUACGACAGGCGAUGCAGACUAAGGGUGAUAAAGAGAGAGAGUUGAAGGCCUUAUCAGAUACCAGUGGACCCAGCGGGCAUCAGAAGUUACAGGUGUGCGAUGUAUGUGGUGCCUACCUGAGUCGUCUGGAUAAUGACAGACGACUGGCGGAUCACUUCUAUGGAAAGAUGCAUUUGGGAUACGCGCAGAUGAGGAAGACAUUUGAAGCCUUUCCCAAGGAGCUUCGAGGCCGGAAUCGCCCAAUGCAAGAUGACGGGGAUAGUGCGGCUAGGGGUGGAUAUGGUGAUGGCGGUUAUGGGGAUGGGGGAUAUGGGAGAGGGGGUGGCUUUGGCGGUCGUGGUGGAGGAAGGGGCGGUGGAUUUCGAGGAAGAGGGAGAGGGUUUAGAGGAGGUUGGUAAAAUGGAAAAAUUGGCGUUGGUUUAUAUCUUGAUAUCCGGAGUUAGGGGAGUGGUGAGGAAUAAUUGUACUAGGAAAAAUAAUAAGUCAAGAUCAUACAGUGUUGAUUUAAUUACGCGAGAUAGCUGGGAUUCAACAAAACGAAGUAAG